AUGGAACGUAGACGUUCUACUAAAAGAGCUGCUCCAAGGAAAUCUGAGCCUGCUCCCGAAGAAAGGUUUUUCGUUAACCCAUCAUCUAUCAGCCCGCAUCUCCUCUGUCCUAUAUGCCAGGAGGCAUUUUCUAAUCCUCAACGUGCACCAUGCGGCCACUCAUUUUGCAAAAGUUGUAUCGACCCGUGGAUUCGUGACUCGCCUACCUGUCCGGUUGAUCGUUUGCCUAUCCCAAAAGGAUCCAUGCAUCAUGAUUUUAUAGUUGAAAAUAUAAUAGGCGAAUAUAAGGUAUCAUGUCCUUGGCGUUCUCUAGGAUGCGAUUUUAUCGGUCGCUUGUGCAUUUUACCCAGUCAUAAGAAAACGUGUCCAAUGAAUCCUGAACUACUUCCUGCAGAAUUACGUAAUCGUCUUCUGCUAUCGAAAGCUCUACAGGAACCUACCCCUCCUGCAGUCAUAAAUAUUAGCACAAAUGAUGACAGUAAUGAAAGUCAUGCAUCAACUAGUCAUGAGAAUAGUGUAUUGUCACAGAGUGUUGGUCCCACUCUAUAUGACACUAGAAAUAAUGAAAGUGUUGAUGAAGAUCACCUUUUGCCUGCUCCACCACCUAGCCUGUUGUUUCGAUUAUAUCAGAAUUCAGAUGAGAAUGGUCGCAGUCUAUUACUUAACUUUCUAAAAAGUGAUCAACGUUCCAUAAUAAAUACUGAAUCUACUUCUACCAGUGCAGGUAAUAAACGACGCCGUAGACAAUGA